UUUUUUUUUGAAAUGGUUAAUGGAUUGAAUCGAAGAAAAAUAAAUGCAUAUUUUAUUAAAAAAUAAUUUUUUUUCUCUGAAAUACGUAUACUGUAAUUGUCAACGAAACGAAAAACUGGUAAAUUGUAAUCAGAAGACAAGAACAACUGAAGUAAUAAUAUUGAAUAGUUUAUUUUUACCAGUUCUCCAAAGUUUUCAUAAACUUCGUUCAACUUUUUCGAAUCGAUUUGUCGCACUGAAAAAGUUUAUUACUACUUCAUUCGAAUCGUUUGUUGUUGUAAGGAUAUAACGAAACGCUCAAGUGUCGAUAAUUUGUAUAACGUAUUUUAAAUCUAAACGUUAAUUAGAAUACGGUAAUUUACUAACGGUUUAUGAAGAAGAAUUGUGGAAAUUCAUCAACAUGAUCGUCAACAUAGCGCUAUUCUGGGAAGAACGUUGGUAAGAAAAGGACGAAGCGUUUCCAUAGAUUUUAGAAGCCAUCGGUCAUUUUGAACGGAAUUUGUCGACGCUGUGAAAAGGUUGAUUUGUUUACUUGAAACAGAAGUGGCCAGCUUUGUAGGCGACAAAAGAAAAUUAGAGAGUCUAUAUCCUACAAGGGUUAUGGUAAUACAAGAGAACGAUUCGGAUACCAUGAUGGAUAAAAAAGAACCCAGUUCAGCAUCUUUCACGAACCAAAAAACAAAUCAGGAAGGGGAUGAAAGAGGCCAUUGGAAUUUCCAUAGUAAAAGUGAAGCGAAUGAAUCGACUCACAUAGCUCCAAAUACAGAUUUACCUUCGUUUCUGACUAGACUAAAAAAAACAAUCGACUGUCCCAUCUGUACAGAAACGCUACAACGACCUUUUACAACACCAUGUGGACAUACAUAUUGUUAUGAGUGUUUAAAGAACUGGCUGAAAACUUCAAAGUCGUGUCCUACUUGUCGCCAGAAGAUUCAUACCCAACCAUCGCCAGCGUAUCUCGUCUAUGACUUGAUGGGCAUUAUCGCAAGUGUGGAUCCAAGCUUAUCAUUGCUGAAGACAAGAGACGAUCCGUCAAAACGCCAGGAAGAGGUUUUGUUUGAUGGAAUAUUUAAAGAUACAGAGUCCAUGUAUCCCACGGGCAUUGUCCAAGACGCGGAAGAUGGAGUGUUGAGAUGCGCCCGUUGCCAGUGGGAGUUGGAGAAUCCGUAUCAUUGCGACCAUUGUGGGUUUCAAAUUUCGGAUGAAGCUGACUCAGAACCAGAAUGGUUCUGGGAUAACGAAAAUGUCGGAAGCGGAGGCAGUGAAGAAGGGGUAGAAAGAAGGACAAACUUUUCUCGGAGGCCUCCGAUUACAGCCAUUCCAGAAGAUUGGAUCGGUUUUGGAGAAGAACCAGAAUCUGAUUUUUCAGGUGCUGGAGACUAUGACCUAGACGAUGAAUUCAUUGACAAUCGCAACACUAGCCAAUUAUCCCCUUUUGAUGGUAAUGAGGAUGAAUUUGUUGUCCCAGACGAUGAGGUAGAUGAACCUAAUUCGGCGUCUCAAGCCGAAUUAGUAGACAGCGAUGACCAAGAGGCUACGGGCUCUGUCGACGACGAAUUCGAUCCGGAAGAAUUAGAGAAUAAAAAAAACGAAGAGUUGGCUAGAGAGCUGGAUGAACUUCAUGAUGAAAGUGAUGACCAACGAUACGAGUACUCAGACGAAAAUCGUCCUACUAAGAGAGGACGACAUUCUCGUUCUAGGUCUACGUCUAUGCUACUUGACGAUGAAGAAGAAGAUAAUGAUGAAGAAAUACCUCAGUUCGGAGAACGGCUUAAUUCCGCUUUGCAAAGAAACGAGAAUACAUUUGAUGUUGACGAAGAAGACGAACCUAACGCCAUUUCGUCUCAUCCUCCUUCUGCGACGGCCUCCAGAAGACCGUUACGUAGGACGGGCACAAUUCAAAUUGAUUCUGAAGAUGAGGAGUAACAUUCUUCUAUAUUGACGUUUUUAGAAGCAUUUUCAUAAUCUAUGUUGACUAUAUGCAUACUGUAUUAUUAUUAUUAUUAUUAUUAAUCGUUUUUCCUUUCUUUUUUUUUGUUCCUGUUAAUAAAAUCUUUACUUGGAUUGCCGUGUCUUCGAAUUUGCCUACAUUGGUUUCAAAAAAUGUACACAAAGCUUCAUACUUUAUCACAUCCAAUAGAAUCUUCAUUUAUAUUC